GAUUCGCCCCCUCACUCCUUCUCAGUGCUUUUCGGUGCCUUGUCGCGAGCACGAGCGCCCAGUCGAUGGCCCCAGCAGGUCGAGCCGAAAAAGCUGCAUAUCAGAUUUAGCGCUUGGAUUGUGAAGUCACCGGACUAAAGGACCAAAAAAGUGUGGCCACCAUGGCUGGACCGAAUUUUAACUCAACCUGUUUGUUUUUGUUGCUCGUUUGUUUUGUGCAGCUGGGACUGUCAAGGAAAGUCGAGCCAAAGAAGGAUCACUGCAACAAGACUGUGGAAAUCUACGAGGACGUGACAAGUCCCGAGGUGACUUCGAUAAACGAAGGCAAGCCCAUGACGUGCUGGUAUCGAUUCCGCUCGUACAGGGGCACGCCUCGCGAUUGGAUUUUGAGGAUAAAAUUCAAGAAAUUCAAAGUAGGCACCUUGGUGAACGCGACUUCUUGCGUCGGCGGAUAUCUGCAGAUUGUGGACGGCAACACGAAGACUGAGGUGAGCAACCGCAGAGACCCGGGCGUAUUUUGCGGCGAGAUCGAGCAGCCCCAGACCUUUAUUUCGGAGACGAGUUUCGUCAAAGUUCAAUUCCACACCGACAACUUCACCGAUCAGACCUACUUCAGUUUUGACUCGCGCGCUGAGCAGCAGUUUGAGGUUUACCUUCGUUAUGGCCAGCAUCCAGAACUUUACCCCAACAGGCGAGGUCAGCCAGUGGCGAACACAUACUGCGAGCGCGUUUUCAGAGACUGCAGGCUGCAGACCUGCUACGUCCAGAGUCCCGCCUACCCUGGCAUCUACCCUCGCAACCUGCACUGCAAGUACUACCUGAACACGCGUCUGCCCUUCAUUAAGCUCUACAUCGAAAACGAGGAGUUCAACAUUGACGGGCAGCGAUGCGAAAACAUCAUGACUUGUCCCAUGCGGCCCAUAUCAGCCAUGGACUGCCCCUAUGAUUAUCUUAGGAUUUACGACGGGAAAGACGAAACUGGCCCAAUCAUUGGCACUUUUUGUGGCAUGGGAAAAUUCCCUUAUUCCAUAAUUGGAACAAGCGAGGACCUGUUUGUUGAGUUCGUGACCUCUGAAGCUGGUCCACUUCUCAACACAGGCUUCCACUUCAACGUGGGCAACUGGCCGGGUCACGUGGAAACAGCUGGUGUUCGAAAUGGGACGUGCAACUGGAUCAUGACCAGCGAACAGUUGGCAGCCUCGGGCGACUCGGAGGGAAUUUUCCUCUCCGUGGCCCAUUGGUACCCGCCACACACUUCUUGCACUUACCUCAUUAAGGGCAAGCCUGGCGAGGUUGUCCGACUUUACUUCCCAAGUUUUAGAAUCAACAGAAUUGAGUCUCCGAUCCGCCACUUUGACGGUGACUGUGGCGAGUCUCUAACAAUUUAUGACGCCUCCUGGCCAGAUGACUCGAAAAUAAUCAAAACGUUCUGCGACACAUUUUCAAAGGCGAUGGAAAAACACGAUUUUGUUUCUACCACCGAGUCGCUUUUUGUGCGAUUUGAGAGCAAAACUGGCAGUUACAGUGGCUCAUCCCUCUACUACUGGGCGCAUUACGACUUCUUCGAUGAUAGGAAGAGUGGAGAAGCCCUUGCAGGAACCCAGUGUGACGAAACCUUCCACAGCUGGAAACGCAGCUACGGUACUCUUCGAAGCCCCAGGAACACCUUGGUCUACAAGAAAAGCGCCAGCACUGCUGAAAACGUGAGCUGCACUUACAGGUUUAUCACAGACAAACGCGUGUUCGGAAGGGUCAUCCUGACGGUGACCAACAUUGCCUUCAAGGACCACCCUUACAGCACAGUUCCUUGCAACGAAUGCUGGCACGAGCAGAUCGACCGGCUUCAAAUUUGGGAGCCAACUUCUCUAAACCUCACUGAUGGAAACAGGUUGGGCUGUCUGUGUAAAGACAACGCGAAGACGCUGCUGCCACUGUCCAUGGUGUCCAAGGGCGACCGGUUGAACGUGCGGCUGCUGGUCGAGCACAGCCACGCGGCGUCCAACUACUUCAAACACUCGGCGCCUCUCUUCGAAGCCAGGUACCAAUUCAUUCACGGCCCGGCGUGCGGUCCAGCCACCAUAUCUGCGUCCAACGAUGGCGAGCUGCAUUUCCCUCACAAGGACUACUACAUGCAGACGCACUACGCGUCGCCGCAGUACUAUUACGCGGACAGCGCGCACCAUCAGAGCACCAGCGCACCACACGAGCAGGACAACAUCGUGCGCUGCAUUUGGGAACUCAAGGUUCACAAAGACCGCGAUCUGUGGUUGCACGUUGACAAAAUCAAAUUUUCGUCGCGCUCGUGCGAGGACGGGCGGCUCGAAUUCUACCUGCCGCACAACGGCGGCGCCGUCGGGGCCGCGAUCGGCGCCGAGCCGUGGAUGCGUAUCUGCGGCGAAAACGUGAGCCAGGCCAAGGACAUUCCGAUCGUGACCAACGCCGAGCUGCUCAACACCGACUACGAGGCCGUCGAGGACAACAUGCUGUCCUCGUCCAUCUUCAUCCACUUCUACGGCCGCCUGCCGGCCAGGUCCGCCUUCAAACUGGCCUGGACGGAACUCUUCCACCUGCCGAGGAACUCGGACGGCUCUGUGGCUACGCAGAGGCUGAGCGCCGACUGCGAGUUCCUCUGUCCAGGCGACUCAGGCGCGUGCAUCUCGUCGCGCCUAGUGUGCAACGGUGUGCAGAACUGCCCGAACGUGAGCUCGGUGGCAUCGGCCGGUGGCGAGACGCACCACGACGAGUCGCCCGACCUGUGCAAGUCGCACCUGCCCGAGCAGGUCAACUGGCUGGCGAUCGCGUUGGGCGCGACUGGCGGCGCCAUCGUCGCCGCCUGCUUCAUCGGCAUGCUGUGCCGCGCGUGCCACAAACGCGACGACGACGACGAGCCCUACUGAUGUUCGACCAAGCCCACGUCGCUCGCCUCAUCCAACGACUCGUCGUGGCAGCGCCAAUGGGAGUUCACCUACAUCCACGUGUGAUCCUUCACCCCAGCACCGAUACACGACUCCCUAGUAGCACCGUGGAUCUGGCAAGUUUUCCUCUUCCAGCCUUUCUCUUUUAUUUAAGUACAUUCUUGAUUCGGAGCAAUUUUAUCGUGUUAACUUCUAAAAUUUCUACAUUUCUAAAUUGAAAAUUUCUUUAAAAUUUCAAACUGUUUCAUUGCUUAUGCUUUUAAAGAAAUUAAAUGUUUCCCUGAAAUCUAACAAGAGAUGGAAAAUAUUUAGGUACAGAAUAUUUUUAGAUUUAUCCAUCUUGUUAUUAAUUUUUCUUAAUUUAUCCCAGCCGAAUUAUUUGACGUGUCUGACAUAAAUUUCAAAUUCCAUUUUUAAUUUUUUAUUAUUAUUUAAAGUUUCUCACCUAUCAUAAUUUUUUUUUAAUUUUCAAAACUCUGCCACAUCCAUGGUGCCAUCCUGUGCCUGUAAAGAGUAGACGCUGCACAUGCCGAAGCCCCAUUUUGUAAAUCGCCCAGUGUAAUUAAACCCUCCUACCGUAAAUCCAUCGUCAAACCCCUUUGUGAUAUACAAACACGGACAAAAUAAUAAUGAAUCGCCCAGAGUGCGCGAGAGACUCGAGCUGCCGCGGCUGAUUGGGAACCGCACAGCCCGAAUUAAUCGCAACGUUUUUAAUCAGAGCGUGUUAAAUGAUUAGUGGCGUGCAUAAUUGAUGGACUUUUUUGUAUGCAGCAAAUGCCGACGAACGUGCGGUGAGCUCCCCAUGCAAUCAGAGGACUUACUGCGAUGA